AUGAGAUCCAUUCGGACUUGUGCCCAACCUACUAAAAUCGCAUUGUAUCGUCAGUUUCAACAGAGUCAAUUAUUAAGGAGUACGAGUGAUGUUCAACAUCCAGUGUCAAUUGAAACAUCAAAUAUUGAGCAUGGAUCAAAUAUACAGUGGUUUGUAAGGUUGUAUGCUUCUUCUGCUUCAUCUGAGAGACUGCAAACAAAAAAUCAAAGGAGUAAGAUCCCAAAGUAUGAACGGAAAUCUAUGGUGGAAAACUUUGUUAACAGGUACAGGAACAUGAAUGCAGGGAAGUUCCCAACUGCUAAGGAAGUCAUAAAAGAUGUCGGUGGCGGCUUUUAUUUUGUUAGGAGUAUCAUACAAGAGCUAGAAUAUAAAUCCAAAAUGUCACCCGUAGCCAUGGAUAAAAAGGAAGCUUCAUAUAAAAUUGCCACUGAGAAGGAUAAAAUAUUUACCAACACUCAAGAGAUUUCUGUAUCCAAGGAUCUGGGAGAAGGAGAGAUCAUCAGCCCACUCUCAAUGGUGGACACCGUGGAUUCUAGUUUCGAGAGCUAUAAAUCAGAUCAGAAGCCACAACCCUCAAUUUCACUUGAGGAUGGUGAAUCAAAAGAUGUUGGAAUUCAAUCUCCCAACCCAAUUGAUCAACCAACAACCAAACUGCACCUUGACCCUGAAAAUGGCAAGACUGUACAUGAAGAUGAACAGAAAGUUGAUUGGUCGCAGUCCAAAACUGAGCUUCAGGAGUUGCAAGAAGUAUCUGAAAGGGAGGCACACAAAGCUCCAAACGAGGUUGGAGAACGUAAAGAACAAACCUCUUUGUGGCAAAAUCUGAAGUCUUUUGCAAAUGGAAUUUUCGGGAUAUGGAAGAGAUCAUAA